GUAGCUCGUGCCGAACGAGAGCUGAUACGUCUCUGCUAGCGCGCGAACUACGGAGAAUGCCACUGUGACCGCAAGUUUCACGCCUGCGUCAGGUGAAGAAAUCUCCCGAGCGACCGCACAAACCAAUUCCUCCGCCGUGAUUCGUUUUUAGUUUUGACACGCUCUAGCGAAGCGCGUCUAAAGAAAAGCGAUCAUGAACGAAGAGACCAUAAACUCCGCAUCAUACUGCAGUGCCUUCUUCGUCACAUUUGCUUCUGCGAGGGAGCGACGACGACAACUGCAGCAACACAUCGGUGAAAAGAAGUAUGUCAGGCUCUUCUCAAAUUCAAAUCUCAACCCGUCAACCCUGGCCGCAAUGGAGGCAAAUGCUUCAGCCGACCAUGCCAUGCAUGUUGCAAAGGGCUGCGAACUUGAAAGUGGCCCCUUGCUUCCUGUCGAUGUCUUUCAACUCAACUAUGGUGUUCAGGAGACAACCAUCUACAGAAUACCCAAACUUGGCAGAGUACGCUUCACCUUGGGGCCAUCACUGUUUGGCAAGAAUGCUACCGUCUAUAUAAAUAGUCCCCCGAAGGCUGCAACGCCUUUUGAACGAACAAAGUACUACAAGUUGCAGUGGUCGAAGAGCAUCUGCAACCCUCUGGAUGAGUCUGCUAACUACAUUGAUGUUGUGUUCCACCAGUCAGGAACCUUCCAUUUCUACUUUCUCUGUGAAGGAGAAGAAUACCCACUACACCCGACAACUCCCAAUAAUGGGACACUCGAUAGCUCUCUGCCCACUCUCGAAAGCCUGCGAGCGGAUACUGGGUCAGGGAAUGCUGGCUCUGGCUACUUUCUGGUCAACCCCCUCUUGACAUACGGUCCAGACGAUGAGGUUCUUCCACUGGAUUGCAUUCAGUGCCAAACUGUUCUGACAAAGUGUAUGGGUCCCUUGUCAACUUGGAUGGACAAGCUGCGUGUUAGCAAGGAGAGCGGAUACAACACGAUCCACUUCACUCCCAUACAGGCCUUGGGUGGUUCAAAGUCGUCUUAUUGCCUUCGCGAUCAUCGAAAGUUGAAUCCGAUGUUUGACAGUGAUGGCAUAUCUCAUACAAUGGACGACAUAGGGAAGCUUGUUGAAAAGCUGCGCAAAGAAUGGAAGAUCUUAUCAAUUACUGACGUAGUUUUGAAUCACGUGGCCUGUGAGACACCAUGGAUCUUGGACCAUCCAGAAUGCUCCUUCAACCUGAUAAACUCCCCACAUCUGAAGCCAGCAUUCUUGCUCGACCGCGCCAUACAGUACAUGUCAAUCGAAAUCUCUGAAGGAAAAUGGACAGCACGCGGUAUUCCACCUUCCAUCACCGAAGAGGCUCACCUCGAAGCACUACGUCGGGCACUGUACAACACAGUCCUGCCACCUUUAGAACUGCACGAAUUUUACGUAGUGGACAUCGAUGCGAUUGUUGAAAAAUUUCGGAGGCUGGUGAAAACUGGUGGACGUCCGGAAAUUGGGCCAUUACCGAAGGCCUCACUCAAAAUCAUCCCAGACCCAGAGCUUCGAAGAAAUAUGUCGACCAUCGAGAUGGACGUGGCACUGAAACGUUUCAAUCGCAACUGGGAAGCUGGUGCAGCUGAUGCGCCUCAACAAAUUGAGCGUUGUUGCGCGGAGCUGCGGAGCUGUCUCUUCCAGCUGAAUGACGCAGCGAAGCAGGUUUUGCUGAAUCAUCUACAUGCUGCUGUGGAGAACGUAGUGAAAGGUGUGCGAUACUUGAGAGUGCAGGAAGAUGGACCCAAGAAGCAAGAUGUAUCCCCAGAGAAUCCUCUAGUUUCAAGGUACUUUGUGAUUCAAUGUAAGGUACCAAGCCUGGAAGUUCAAGAAAUGGAGAAAUUUAUGUUCACUCCAAAUGCUGCCUUUGCAAUGGCCCACAAUGGUUGGGUAAUGGGUGACGACCCACUGCGGAACUUCGCGGAGCCGGGCUCGAACGUGUACCUUCGAAGAGAGCUUAUCCCGUGGGGCGACAAUGUAAAACUACGCUAUGGAAACUCGUCAAAAGACUGUCCGUUCCUGUGGCAAUACAUGAAGGACUAUGUGUGCGAAACUGCUCAGCUCUUCCACGGCAUCCGUUUGGACAACUGCCACAGCACACCACUUCACGUUGCAGAGUAUUUCAUCGAUGCUGCUCGCCUGAUCCGGCCAGACUUGCAUGUUGUGGCGGAGCUGUUCACAUCGAGCGAGACGACAGAUAAUCUCUUUGUCAACAGACUUGGCAUCACUUCUUUAAUUAGAGAGAGCUUGAGUGCUUACGACUGCCAUGACCUGGGUCGACUGGUUCAUCGGUUUGGGGGUGCGCCCGUAGGAAGUUUCAUGCCCCCACCAGUGCGCCCUCUGGCCCCCAGUAUUGCCCACGCUCUCUUUUUGGACAUGACCCACGACAAUCCUUCCCCAUACGAGAAACGGUCCGUCUACGAUUUCCUUCCCAGCUCCGCCAUUGUGGCCAUGGCGGGCUGUUCCACAGGCAGCAGCCGAGGCUAUGACGAGCUAGUAUCCCAUCAUAUUCAUGUGGUGGAAGAGUUCAGACAGUACCCCAUGUGGACCACGGGAACCGCUACGAAACCCUGCGAGGUGAACAAGAGCUCCGGUAUCAUUGCUGCAAAGCGGGCUCUAAACGAGCUGCACUUUGAACUCGGAGCACAGGGAUUCUCACAGGUGUACGUGGACCAGGUGGACCCUGACACAGUCUCAAUCACCCGACAUCAUCCAGUGACGCACCAGUCAGUGGUUUUGGUUGCUAGAACUGCGUUCUCAUACCCUAAGAAGCCCAACGAAACAGGCUGCAUACCGCCACUUUGCAUUCCAGGUGUCAUAGAAGAGGUCAUCUUCGAAGCACGCGUCGUGAAGGACCCUACCUAUGACAAGCCAGAGGUGAGGGAUGAGCACUACAUCACUGGAGUGCACAGCUACAAGCUGGAGAUUCGCGAGCACUUGUCUCUCUACGAGUCCAAGAUGGUCGAACUGAGUGAAGCGAGUGAAGCCAAUUUGCAAGAGUUAGACUUCACCACCUUCACCCCAGGAUCUGUGAUUGCGUUCAGGAUCUCCAUGCAUACGUCUGCAAAGACUGCAGCUCUGUUGAUUAGGAAGCACCUGGCUGUCUUCGGCUAUGAAAAUUGUCCCGAGGGUGUGAACCCAAACGCUGAAGAUGGUGUUCACACAAUCGCGAGUCGACUUAGCCUGCUGGAUCUCAACAGGGUCAUGUUCAGGGUCGAGUGUGAAGAACAAGCCGAAGGAAGGGGUGGUGGUACAUACAGACUACCCAUUGUCGGGAGUCUCGUCUACUGUGGCCUGCAAGGAUUUAUGUCUGUCUUGUCCGAGAUACGCUACAAGAAUGACUUGGGCCACACCAUGUGCGACAACCUGAGGGUUGGUGACUGGAUGAUGGACUAUAUCACCCAUCGGCUUGUCUACGAGCACAGUACGCUCGCGUUGUCCGAGUGGUUCAACAUGCUAUUCACGGCCGUGAAGAAGCUGCCGCGCUACUUGAUCCCGUGCUAUUUUGACGCCAUUGUGACGGGGACUUUCUCCAUCUUGCUCGAGGAGAUCUGGCAGAAAAUGUCCGACUUUGUGAAGCAUGGCCCCGUGCUGGUUCGUGAACUAGCUCUAGGCUCCGUCAUGAUGGGUGGCUGGGUGCCCGGUACCAACCUUCCCCCUUUGUCACCCAACUUGACGCCGCCCCAGCCUCCCCACCGAAUUAACGAAGCUGGAAAGAGGGAAGAGGCAUGCACGACGUUGGCUGCAGGUCUUCCACACUUUGCAACAGGCUACAUGAGGAAUUGGGGCCGAGACACAUUCAUUGCACUUCGGGGAUUGUUCUUGCUAACCGGACGGCACCAGGAAGCCAGGUACAUAAUCCUUGCAUUUGCCGGAUGCCUUCGUCAUGGCUUGAUUCCAAAUUUGCUGGACAAGGGGACAUUUGCCCGCUACAACUGUCGUGAUGCCGUCUGGUGGUGGUUACAGUGCAUCCAGGAAUAUACGAAGGAUGUACCCAAUGGGCACCUCAUUCUUAAGGACAAGGUGUCUCGUCUCUAUCCCAUGGAUGAUUCACCUGCCCUGGAACCUGGGAUCUGUGAAAUGCCUCUGGAAGAGGUGAUCCAGGAAGCACUGCAGCGACACUUUGAGGGUGUAUCUUUCCGCGAACGUAAUGCGGGACCCCAACUGGACCAGCACAUGUUAGAUGAAGGUUUCAACAUCACAUUUGCAACAAAUCCCAUGACUGGGUUCGUGUACGGCGGAAAUUGCCAUAACUGCGGUACGUGGAUGGACAAGAUGGGAAGCUCGGAGAAAGCUGGCAACAAGGGAAAACCAGCAACACCUCGGGAUGGAUCAGCAGUAGAAAUUGUGGGCUUGUGCAAAUCAACCUUGCGAUGGCUGGACAAGCUGUACAAGGAUGGUCAUUAUCCCUACAAUGCUGUUGAAAAGAGCGACUAUGGUAUUAAAACAGUGAUGACCUUUGAACAGUGGGGUGCAUUAAUCAAGCAGAACUUCGAAACUUGUUUCUGGAUACCAGAAGCGGGCCAGGCUAUUGCAAAAGAGGACCCUCAUCCAGAACUUGUGAAUCGUAGGGGAAUGUACAAGGACACCUACCUGGCUAGUCAACCCUGGACAGAUUACCAAAUGAGACCCAAUUUUUGCAUUGCUAUGGUUGUGGCACCCGAACUGUUUGACGCUGAUCAUGCGUGGGCGGCGUUGACAAAUGUCCGCAAUGUUCUGCUGGGCCCCUUUGGAAUGAAGACUCUGGAUCCAAGUGAUAUGAACUACAACGGAUACUAUUUCAACAACAAUGAUUCGAGUGACUACAAGGUUGCACAUGGUAUGAACUACCACCAAGGUCCCGAAUGGCUCUGGCCUGUGGGAUACUACUUACGAGCGAGGCUAAAGUUUGCCCGCAAGAUGGGAAACGUGCAGGCCCUCAAGAGCACACUGGCUGAGACAAAGGAAAUCCUGUCUAACAACUACCAGCUGGUGCAAAGCACUCCGUGGAGAGGGCUGCCAGAACUGACCAAUCGUGACGGAGAUCUCUGUCCAGACUCUUGUCCAGUUCAGGCAUGGAGCCAUGCAACUCUGCUCGAGGUCCUCUAUGAUCUACAGCAAGGAGAAUAGGCUUAGUGCAAAGGUGGUCAUCACAACACUGGAAGUGGAGGAAAAUGUAUGGAAAGUACUUGGUACAGAACAUCCUACCUCUAUGUGACGUUGGCUUCACUGUACUACCGCCGAGAAAGACGGCUUCAAAAGCAAAUACUCUACUAGGAUCAAAAAUUUAUACUCCAAUACUGUGCAAUACACUGCAGUGAAGUACAUUCUGAUCCAGUAGCUUCCUUGGCAAUGCCAUAUGGUUGCAUAUCGGUAUAGUGCAGUGGUAAGAUACAGCAUAGAAUCUUUCCAUGGGAGAGUUACUAUGUGGCCUUAGUUGAAGAACCUCCUCUGAAUGGUAAUUAGUUGAUUUAUAUAGUGUAGGGGGAUUUUACCAGAUUUUAUGAACCUUCCCAGAUGAGAUACACUACCUAUUUUUGUUUAUAAAUUGCCAAUAAUAGUUGGUGCUUUUAGUGAACAUCUAGUCGUGAUUUACCUGUGGUGAUCCACACAUUUAGAAUAUAGCGAUGUAAUAAAUUAUGGAUUGUGAGAGUGUCUCUGCUUAAGCCACAUUUUAUUUGGUAACAGGCGAUCAGAAUGAACAUUCUUGUAAUCCACCUCAGACGAAAAUGCAAAUCCUUUCAGAGAGUUAUCAGACUAAACCAAUCACAAGGUGACUUUACGGCUUAAUCGUCAUUGGCUCUGACGAGGAUGGCAAUUUGUUGUCGGAUGGAUUGCUUAGAAGUACUUCUGGAGGUCUGGUUCCAUUGACUGCAAACAAAACAUUGUUCAGUUUACAUUAAAUAAAAUCUUUCAAAUCUUA